AUGGAUGACCCAUCAGACUCCAUUGUUGAAACCAGAGAAGAGCUCAUGGUUUCAUCCACUGGUGGAAACCCAACUCUCAGAAUUGCCCAUUUUCUCACACCCACUAUCAAAGGUCCAGACUUUAACCUCCCACCAUAUUUUGAGCCACAAAAACUACCUCUGAGAGUCUCCUUCUGGGGCUGGCGAUACCCUCAGAAUAUUUGGAAAACAUGGGUGGAAAAAAUGGCUUCUUUGCACCAAGCUACAUGGAAGAAAGCUGGUAUAUACGAAGCAGUCUUGAAUUCCACAUACCAAAUCCGAAGAGACAAUGAUUUAGUAUUUGGAUUUGGAGAGAGAUGGUGUUCUGAGACCAAUACCUUCAUAUUUCGUUGGGGUGAAGCAACAAUCACAUUGGAAGAUGUAAUGGUUUUGGCGGGCUACUCUGUUUUUGGAGACUCUGUUUUUUGCCCUGUUGAGUCGGAAGAACAAAAGGAGAUAGAAAAUAGUCUGAAAGAAAGCCGAAGAGAAAUAUUGAGGACUAAAGCUAAAAAGGCAUGCCAAUCCAAAUGGUUGAAGAAAUUCAUGGACAGUGGUAGCGAAUUUGAACACGAAGCAUUUCUUUCAUAUUGGUUGUCUAGGUAUGUUUUACAAAAUUCUUCUGAAACAAUUCGUGAGUGUGCCUUUCCAAUUGCAAUUCAUCUAGCUAGAGGUAGAAAAAUUGCACUUGCACCCGCGGUUCUUGCUAGCAUUUAUAGAGACUUGAGUUUGUUUAAAGAAAAAAUGAUUGCUUCAGCCAAAUUAGUGGCUUUUAGAGAUGAUAAAGAUUGUGUUUUAGAACUUAGCAUUGUCUCGCCAUUUCAUUUAGUUCAGAUUUGGGUUUGGGAGAGAUUUUUAGAGUUGCGGCCAAACCCUAAUGUGAUCUAUAAUGGUGACCCGAUAAUGGCUAAAUGGGACAAAGUAAAUGGUUCAAAAAUUGCGAGCGUGAGGUCGGCUUUAGACUCGUGUGGAGAGAGUUUUCUGUGGCGUCCUUACGCCAGGGCUGUUAAUGACUGCAAUUUUCCUAAGUUUUAUGCAGCAGAAAAGGAAAAGUACAUAUCAGUUGGUCCUGGUUUGGAUGAGGAAUUGCAGUCAUUUGCUAGAUGCCUAAGGGUUUCUGAGCUAGUUGGGCUCGGUUGUAUAGAACAGUACCUUCCACAUAGAGUAGCAAUGCAAUUUGGAAUGGAUCAAGAUCUUCCAGGUUGUGUUGCUCGAAAAAAUGAGACUCCAAAUAUUGCUUGGAAUCAUUAUAGUAAGCCAAUACGUAAGAUGGAAUUAUAUGUUCCAUCCCGGCAUUUCAAGGGAUAUGUUACUGUCAGGUACUUGGAGUGGUGGAAGCAAUCUAUUAUUAGUCAGAAAGAUGCAAGUACUGGAGCUGUGUUACAACAAGGAGAAGGAAAGAAGGGGACCAACAAUGCAUAUAUUCCUUCAAAGAGCUCAAAAAAACCACAUAAGGCGGCAAAAGGAAAGAUGAAAAGUGAUGAUCUUCAUGUUACUCCUGGAUGUUCUAAUAGGUUUGGAGUGGGACAUUGUAAUGACGAAGAUGGGUUAACUAUUGCAGAAAGGAUGAAAUUUACUGACAAGCAUAAGAAUUUUUCAAAUAUCCAGGGACAACAGGAUGGUGAAGCUGGGAAUUCAUUUAGUCAUAUUGAAUGUCUUUCAUCUUCUUCUUCAGAUAGUGGGCCUGUUAGAAAAUUGGGUAAGAAAGAUGUAGCAAAGGGCGUUGUGGAGUGUCAAAGAGAUUCAAAUAACUCAAAAGGGAGGAUGAUAGGUAACGAUGCCCCUGCGCCGCCUGGUUUCCCUCCCAAAUGCAAUAGGGUUGAUGCAGGGGACUCUGAUGAGGAAGAUGAAUUAACACUGAAGCAGCUAUUGAGAUCUUGUAAUACUAACAAUGGAGUUGGAAAUGGAAUGUCGGGCAAUAGCAAACCUCUAUCUAGUGCUAAAUCUCAUGUCUUAUCAUCAUCAACAGCAGAAAAGGGAAAAGUUGGAAAGAUUAAAUCUCUGAUGGAUCCUGUUGUAAAAAUUAUGCAUGGUGAAGCUGUGAUGGGGAAUGCAAGAGAUUCUAUCGAAGUUACAAACAAGAGUAAGGAAGGCAGUGAAGAAUUCUCUAUGGAAAGCAUCAAUGGUAUUGAAGGUGAAAGAAGUAGCUCUUGUACACUUGAUCAUAAACCGGGGUUGGAACUUGAAGCACGGAUAAGCAAGCUUGAGAAACUGGUUGCUGAGCUAAAAGCAGCAAGGUUUGGCUACAAGUUUGAGAAAAAAUCAGCCAAAGAAGGCCUCUCUCGCCCAUAG